GUUGUAGGCGGGUAGAGCACCCGUGGAUCCAAGGCGCUGCAAGGUUGGUUUGGUAGGGUUGGCAUCAAGCAAUAUGCACUAUUAUGGUAUGCCCUGCCAGUGCAGGCCAGUGCCAGUGUUGCUGCGCAGUGGCCUCCUUGCUGCCAAUCACUACCGCCGACCACUCGGACCACUGCAGGCCAAAUCCACUCAUUUCUUCUUCCUCUCCAGUUCCCAAUUCCAAUCCUAUUUUCCUGCCGUCCCCCCUUCUUCCCAUAACCAACUUUACAACUACUCCAGCAUAGACAACCCACAACACAAGUCUGUCGUUGCUGCUCUUUGUCUCUCUUCUUCUCUUCACCUCGAGCCAGCCACGCGUCGAUACCUAUCCUCUUCAUAUAGAAGAAGAAAAAGGGUCGUCCCUGCCGCCGGCCUCGCUGUCUUAACAGUUCGAGCAAUCAACAUUCAGCUUCUCCCUCGCUGAAGCUUUUUUUAUCGCACCGUGUUGUGUGUUCAUUGAGAACCCAACGGUUAAUUCGCACUCUCAGACAAAAGUUCUUACGAGUUGCUUCAUAACCAGCUCAUUCGCCCUCACCUUCUAUCUUGUUUAGUAUUGCAUUGCAGCUUUCCGCUGUUCCUUAGACUCAUAAUGGCCUUCCAAAAGUUCAUCCUCCCGGCCUUCGCCCUAGCCAGCUCCGUUCUCGCUGCGACAUCCGCCGACGUCUGCGACGGUCCUUCAGUCACAAUCGCCAGCACUGCCGAUGCCACACAGAUCGCCUCCUGCGAAAAGUAUGACGGAGACGUUAUCAUCGAUCCGAGUGCAUCUGGAACCCUUGCAAUCAAUGGUGUGCAACAGAUCAGUGGUGACUUGAUUUGCAACAAUGCUACCCAGUUGACUGCUAUUACCUCCGACCAGCUCAACUCCAUCGGCGGAACCUUCAACCUGACCGGUUUGACCAUUUUGUCGACCCUUCAGUUUGAUUCUCUGACCGCGGUUAACAAAAUCAACUGGGUUGGUCUUCCUGCCUUGCAGAGUUUGAACUUCAACCAGGGCGUCUCGAAAUCCAACACCGUCUACAUUUCCAACACCCAGCUCAACAAUGUCGACGGCAUCGAGUUGACCGCGGUUUCAAGCAUUGAUAUCAACAACAACCCAUACCUUACCACCGUGAAUGUCAACGACCUGACCAACGUCACCACUGCGCUGUCUUUCUCGGCCAACGGUCGUGACCUGGAAAUCAGCUUCCCCAAUUUGCAGGAUGCCGCGAACUUGACCUUCCGAAACGUGAGCAAAGUUGACAUGCCGUCUCUUGCCAACGUUGGAGGUUCCAUGGGCUUCUAUUCCGACUCUUUCGAGACCUUCUCCGCCCCCAACCUCACCAAGACUGGCGGUACUUUGGCUUUCGUGGACAGCCCUAACCUGAGCAACCUUUCGUUCCCUUCGCUCACCCAGAUCGGCGGUGGUUUCUUGAUCGCGAACAACACCAACCUCAAGGCAAUCUCCGGUUUCCCCAAGCUCAAGACCAUUGUUGGUGCUCUUGAUUUCGCUGGUACUUUCAGCAGUGUAUCGCUUUCCGUCACCGAUGUCCGCGGUGGAUCCAAUGUUCAGACUACUUCCACCAACUCCACGAUCUGUGAUCUGUUCAAGCAAGCUCAUGAUAAGGGUGUCAUCAAGGGUGUCAAUACCUGCAUCACUGGAAAGGCCAAGCCAGAAACCAACCCAUCCGCUACUGGAGGCGGUUCCUCUGCCUCGUCAACCAGCAAGUCCCACAACGCUGGUGUUACUUUCGGCGUUAGCACGCCUUUGACGGGUCUCGGUGCUCUCCUCUCCGCCAUCUUGUUCAUCUAAGACAUGGGUCCUGGCGUUUUUUUCCUUCGAGUUACUUAGACUAGCUUAAUACGCGAUGGGUAAUGUCCCCCGGCCGUGUUCUCAUCCGGUUGUGAACAAUUUCGCUCCCGAUUAAGAACGCAAGAAAGGGAAGGGUGGCACAUGGUCCGAUCUUUCCAAAGCUCCAGACUACACGAAGCGCUUGUGCAGCUGGGUUGGCAUGGUCAGACUUUCGGUUGGGAACAUCUACUGGGGAGAUUGACAAAUGGAGCGAACAGCGCUCCCAGGGGCUUGCGUGUGGAUAGGCAAUAACAGACAAACGAACAUGUUUCUUCCUUUACAAUUUGCAGUAUGAACAUCCCUGGAUUAGCAUUUUACUAUGUAUUCUAUUUCUGCGGCCUUAGCACUGGCAGGCAACACUGGGCACCAUCAUGCUAGGUUACGGGGCUGGAUUCAUUGCUUUGACUCUUUUGAAAGUCGAUGGACAGCGUUUGCGGCAACAUGCUUUCAUUGCAGAAGCAAGCUGGUGUUUCAGCCACGCCACUUAGUAGUACUAAUAAUAUAUACCUUAU